AUGAACCCCGAAAAGCUCGCUAAGCUCCAGGCCCAGGUCCGCACUGGCGGCAAGGGAACCCCCCGCCGCAAGAUUGUGAGCACUGGCAGCAAGUCCAUCAAGGAGGAUCCUAAGCUUGCCUCCACCCUGAAGCAGCUGGAUGUCCAGCCCAUCCCCGAGGUUGAGACCAUCAACAUGUUCAAGGACGACGGCAAGGUCAUCGGCUUCUCUGCCCCCCGCCUGAGCGCCAACAUCCAUGCCAACACCUUUGUCAUUACCGGCAAGCCCCAGGAGAAGACCCCCGAGCAGGCUCUCACCGAGAUGAUCUCGCGCAUUGGUUCCUUCGGCCCCGAGUCGCUUUCCCAGCUCGCCAAGAUGACCGAGGGCCUCCAGGUUGGCUCCAACGCCGCCGACAUUGACGACGAUAUCCCCGAUCUUGUUGCCUCGGCCGACGACGCCACCGAGAGCAAGACCGAUCUCGAUGCCGCCGACUAA